AGCAAUUAAAGCCAAGCCAUUUUUUGUUUUGCAAACCCCCUUUCCUUUUCAUUUCUUUUGAAACCAAAAAUUUAAAUCCAAACGACUUCUUUAUUCCAAUUUGCACGCACCUACGCACACACACUUUUAUUUUUAUUCUUAGUACUAUUAUCUUUUUUAUUCCUUCAGAAUGAGCAGCAGUAAGAGCCACAAGAAGCUUGAAAUUGACGAGAGCUUGUACUCUCGCCAACUCUACGUCCUCGGAGUCGAUGCCAUGAAGAAGAUGAGCUCCUCGAAUGUCCUCGUCGUCGGCCUGAAGGGCCUCGGAUGCGAGAUCGCAAAGAACAUCAUUCUGGCCGGUGUCAAGAGUGUCACGCUUUAUGACCCCGAGAAGGACGACAUUGGAAAGUCCCGCGCUGAAGUGUCGGCCCCGCGUCUCGCUGAGCUCAACCAGUACCUAACGCCCGAGGUCAUUUCCGCAUUCAAGUGCGUUGUGGCCACCGAUAUUUCCCAGCAAAAGAAGCUUGAGCUCAGCGAAGUUGCGCACAAGAGCGGAAGUUGCUUUAUCUCCACUGAGGUUAGGGGUCUUUUUGGAUACACGUUCAACGACUUUGGUGAUAAGUUUAUUGUUGACGACCCCACUGGCGAGGAUCCCCUCUCAGGAAUGGUCGCAAACAUCGAGCAGAGCCCUGAGGGCAUUGUCACUUGUCUGGACGAGACGCGUCACGGCCUCGAGGAUGGCCAGCUUGUCACCUUCAUCGAGGUUCAAGGCAUGACAGAGCUCAACGCCUGCGAGCCGCGCAAGGUCAAGGUCCUGGGCCCCUACACAUUCAGCAUUGGCGACACAACCUCGCUGAGCCCAUACCGGCGCGGCGGUCUUUUCCAGCAGGUCAAGACCCCGAUUUCGCUGAGCUUUGCGCCCUUUGCCCAGGCUCUGGAGAACCCCGAGUUCCUCAUUUCUGACUUUGCCAAGUUUGACCGCCCUGCCCAGCUGCAUGUGGGAUUCCAGGCUCUGCACGCGUUCAGCAGUGCUCACGACGGCAAAUAUCCCCGCCCUGGAAACAACGAGGACGCCGCCGAGGUGCUGCGCCUCGCCAACGAGAUCAACGACAAGUGGUCGCAGAAGACUGAGCUCGACGCCGAGUUGCUCAAGAAGCUCUCAUACCAGGCGGCCGGUGAUAUCUCGCCCAUGGUUGCUGUCUUUGGCGGUCUGGUCGCGCAGGAGGUGCUCAAGGCCUGCACUGGAAAGUUUACGCCGAUCAGGAACUUCUUGUAUUUCGACGCGCUCGAGUGCCUGCCCAUCGGCUUUGAGCCCUCCGAGGAGGACCUGGCGCCCACGGGCUCGCGCUAUGACGGACAGAUCGCUGUCUUUGGCCGCAAGUUCCAGCAGCAGAUUGCCAACUACCGCGAGUUCUUGGUUGGCUCGGGUGCCAUUGGCUGCGAGAUGCUCAAGAAUUGGGCCAUGAUGGGCAUUGCCUCGGGCCCCAAUGGCGUCAUCCACAUCACCGACAUGGACACGAUCGAAAAGAGCAACCUCAACCGGCAGUUCCUGUUCCGCCCUAGCGAUGUCGGCAAGCUCAAGUCCGACACGGCAGCCGCGGCCGUAGUCAAGAUGAACCCCGACCUUCAGGGCAAGAUCGAUCGUGUUGGCGCAGAGACCGAGUGCAUCUACAACGACGGCUUUUUUGAGGGUAUUGACGCCGUGACCAACGCGCUUGACAACGUCGACGCGCGUAGAUACAUGGAUAGCCGCUGCCCGCUGCUCGAGUCCGGAACCCUGGGCACCAAGGGCAACACCCAAGAAGUCCAUCCCCAUGUGCACUCUGAAGAACUUCCCCAAUGCAUCGAGCACACGAUUCAAUGGGCGCGUGAUCUGUUUGCCGGCUUCUUUGUUCAGCCCGCCGAGAACGUCAACGCCUACCUCUCGACCCCCGACUAUGUUAACACGUCGAUGGGCCAGACCAACGAGAACGUCAAGAUCGAAACUCUGACCACCAUCCGCGACUAUCUGGUCACUGACAGGCCGCUGACGUUCGAAGACUGCAUCGUGUGGGCGCGCAAAAACUUUGAAAAUAUAUACAACAACGCCAUCCAGCAGCUGCUCUCCGGCCAGCUGUUCUGGUCGCCGCCCAAGCGUGCACCCGCCGCCAUUGCAUUCGACCCCUCCAGUGAUCUCCACGUUGACUUUAUCGUGGCUGCCGCCAACCUGCACGCCUUCAACUACGGCCUGAAGGGCAGCCGCGAUCGCGAGCACAUCAGGGACGCCGCGACAGCAUCAGGCGUCAAGAUCCAAGUCAACGAGAACGACAACGCAGCCGAGUCUGGAAACAAUGGUACGGACCCCAGCCAGCUGGAGGCCCUGGAGGCAUCGCUGCCCAACCCGGCCAGCUACGCGGGUGUCCGACUGAUUCCCGCUGAAUUUGAGAAAGACGACGACACCAACUUUCACAUUGACUUUAUCACCGCCGCAUCCAACCUGCGCGCCUCCAACUACGGCAUCACUGCGGCAGACCGCUUCCGCACUAAGCAGAUUGCCGGCAAGAUUAUCCCUGCCAUUGCCACAACGACCUCGCUAGUCACCGGCCUCAUUUGCCUCGAGCUGUACAAGAUCAUCGGCAGCGGCUUGGGUGACAACAAGCGCAAGAUUGACGACUACAAGAACGGCUUCAUCAAUCUGGCGUUGCCGUUCUUCGGCUUCUCCGAGCCCAUCGAGCCCGCAAAGUACAAGUACAACGGUAUCGAGGCCAGCGAGUGGGAUGCCAUUAUGAUCGAUCGUGAUGUCACGUUGCAGGAGCUUAUUGACUACUUUACGAACGAGCACAAGCUCGAGCUGAGCAUGGUCAGCUCCGGAGUCACUCUGCUGUACUCGCCCUUCUUGAACCGUGCAAAGUCCGAGGCCCGCAAGUCCAUGAAGAUAUCGCAGCUCUUGCCUGAGGUCACCAAGAAGGACAUUGAGCCAUAUGUCAAGUGGGUCGCGUUGUCCGUCUGCUGCUGCGACGCUGACGAUGAGGACGUCGACGUUCCCGAUGUGCGCAUCAAGAUCCGUAACUAGUUAUUCCAAUUUUUAAAUAUUAGUCCGUCAUGGUGAAUCAAUUCAUUAUUUUUUAUGUGUGUAUGUUGAUCUGGGAUCCAAGAUCCGAUGAACGACUUUGAUGAGAACAAUGUCAGUAAGGGCGCAACUUGAAUCCUUCAACGGUAAAUCUUGUUUUGGUGGGGAGUGGGAAUCGGGGUUUCUGGUUUGCGCUACUCUCAUGUUAUGACUAACAUUAAUGUAUC